AAUCCUCCCUUUCUCAUUCCUCCCCCCUCAUCCUGACCCUCCUCCCACGCCAGAUAAAUUCUGUAUGUAUAUUCGGGCUCUGAAUGCAUUACUGUCUCGAGUAAGGACACAGAAGGAGCUUGGUAUAGGCUGUGCCCUCAGAGACUACAGAAGCCAACAAUAGCUCUAGUUUGUUAGGAUGCAAAACUGGCAUUCGGACCAUUUCCCCCAGUGAGACUUCAGCAGAAACAGAGCAAGAAAUCUGGCUCCACACAAGCCGAUGUACCAAGAGGUGCCCGACAGCUUCAGUCAAAGCAUUCCUGCUCCAUUGCAGACCACCAACUGCAAGAAAAGCCAUUUUAGAGCCUCAUUUACAUUGUUUACAAGUGCCAGAAAGCUCAGCUUGUCACAGCUUCCGACAGACAGCUUACCCGACUACGGAAUUCACAAAGGAAAACCCACCAAGAAAAAGACCAGCACAACACAGGCCAGAGCAAUGAAGACCCGACUGGGCUGCUUAUCACAGAAAUCCGACUCCUACAGUGACUUCAGCGCUUUUCUCCCCAAUAAACACGAGAAGCCGAUCAGAUGCUUGAAGUUGUCCACAGAGGAAGCUGUGCAAUGGACAGAAUCAUUCCGUGUACUUCUGGAUCAUAAGUAUGGUUUGGCUGCCUUCAGAGCUUUCCUUUGCUCUGAAUACAGCGAAGAGAACAUCGAGUUCUGGCUGGCCUGUGAGGACUACAAGAAAACCAAAUCGCCCGCAAAACUGACUUCAAAGGCGAAGAAGAUCUACUCAGAAUUUAUAGAUGUUCAAGCUCCAAGGGAGGUAAACAUCGACUUUCAGACACGCGAGCUCACCAAGAAGAACCUGCUGGAGCCUGACCACGCCUGCUUUAACGAUGCCCAAAAGAGAGUCUACAGCCUAAUGGAGAGGGACUCGUACCCCAGGUUCCUGAGGUCAAAGGUCUACUUGGAUGUGUUAAACCAGACCCACAGUAACAGUCAAACACAAAGGAGAUUCAGCUGAGGAAGACAGCACAAAGCCAAGCUUGCGUGCUCAGUUCACUCUUGCCCCACCAUCUGCACCUUCCAAGUCAUGAGUUUCACUCUGCUGUUGUAAAUUAUUGUUGCAGUGAAGAUUGGAAAACUUCCCUUACGGUGCUCCCUCUGCUCCUGAUUUCCAGCCAUUACAUGGAAUGCAGUUUUGUUCAACAGCAAUCCUUACCCAAUGGACUUACCCUCAGUGCCAGUCUCCUGUCUCCAACUUGCCCUUGCCAUCAAGUUAUUUAAAACUGUUUCUUAACCAUCAAAAAAGCAUGUUGAAACAAGCUUUGCCUGUCCUUAAAAUCUCCAAACUGUAAUGGCGAUAGAAGAUCAAAUAUACAGGAUUUUAGUGCGCAUAUACUUAAGUGUUCAAAGUGAAAGCAAUAGUUUUAAAUCAAUGCGUUAGUAUUUAUGAUACAAUGUACAUUUGUUGGCUAAACACUCUGUAAGUGAAAAAGACACAUUUUUAUUAAGUGCAUUUCCCUGUGUUUAUUUAUCAGCCCAGCCCCCUUUAGUCUGAGUAUAUUUAUUAAAUGAGACAAGAAUAAAAUGUGUUUGUGAGG